GCACCAGGGGACGUGAGGGCGCUGCUGGACGACGUCUCGCAGGGCACGACGUUCGUGACCACGGACCUCAGCCUGUUGCUGGAGGACAUGGCCGAUGCCCUGGAGGAGGCCGGCCAGAGCCCAGACGUCGCCAGCCUGCUGGCCAGCGUGGGCAGCGGCGGCGAGGGUCUGCCGACGAAGGCCCAGGAGGUCUGGGAGGCCGUGCUCGACCAGUUCGGGCACCGCGGCGUCGGCGAGCUGGACAUCAGCUCCCCCCGCUACAGAGAGGCGCCCGACAUGCUGUUGGAACAGGUGGUGUCUAUCUCGGGGGAGAAAAAGAUACGGAUACGUGUUGUCCCCCGUCGUUUUUGGCCUUUCCUGGUCCUCCUGGGGAAUCCUCGUUGUCACCGCUGGAUUCGCCUCGAAAUUCUGGUCAGAACGCACCCCAAGAGAGGUCCAGGGACAACACGUAUCCGUAUCUUUCCGCCCCCCAACUAUCUGCGGGCUGGAGCGGUCCAUGCGCCCGCGCAGCUUGGCCGCGGCCGCGGGCGCGAAGCGGGAGGCCGCGGUGGCCAGGCUGUCGGCGUGGCUCUCAGCCAACGGCGGGGACGCGGGGGCGUUCGAGGCGAACGUGCGGGCCUACCACUCGAUGUUCCGGUACCGGGAGUCUCCGAAGUACCGCCACAUGGUGUCCCACGAGCAGGUGACACGGUUCAACCUUCUGAACUGGGUGCUUCAGUUCUCGGUUGUGGUGACGUCCGAUGA